AUGAAGAAAACACAAGAAACAUCUAUUGAAAGUAAUAGUGAAGCAGCUAUCUUACAGCCAGAAAUCAACAAUAUAGUAGACUGGAACUAUUUAAGAACAUCAGAUUUAAAAGCAAUAUGUUCUAAGAGUAGUCUUCAAGAUGAGGCAACCAAAAAAAGGAAAGAGAAGUUAGUAGACAAAAAUUUUGGUAAAGAGAAUGAAAAAAGAAAGGAACCUCUCUUGCAGAAGGACUUUGAUAACCAAAAUAAAGCUUUUUUUGUCUUCUUGUUGGUUAAAAAACCAAGUACUCUUAUUUCUAAGAGACGUGUAGAGUUUAGUCAAGAGCAAGGUACCAAGGCCUUACAAAUUUACAAUAGAUUAGGAGAAAUAGUUGGAGGAAAAACUGCAGUAAUUGAAAAAGCUGAGUGUAGUAAAAAAGUAGAUACAUCAGCAGUUGCCCAGCUUCUCUGCUAA